AUGACCAAGUUAGUUCAUAUUAUAGAUGUUGAAAGUGGUAAUUUGCAAUCACUUUCUAAUGCAAUCAAAAGAAUUGAUCCAGAUUAUAGUAUUAAAUUCAUUCACAAUGAAGAAGAAUUCAAACAAUAUGAUUCAGAAAUUGAAAAAUUAUUAUUCCCAGGGGUUGGAAAUUAUGGACAUUUCGUUAAAGAAAUCCAUGCUCGUAAAUUAACAUCUCAUAUUACUAAAUAUAUCAAUGAUGGUAGAUCAUUAAUGGGGAUUUGUGUUGGUUUACAAGCAUUUUUGAAUGAUUCUGAAGAAAGUCCAAAUGAACCAGGUUUAGGUUUGGUUGAUUUGAGUUUAUCUAAAUUCAAUGUAAAUGAUCCAAGUUAUAAUGGUUUGAAAAAAUCAGUACCACAUAUUGGUUGGAAUAGUGUAUUAGAUAUUAUUGUUGAUGGGAAAUCUUUAGAUAAAACAAAAUCAUUAUAUGGAUUAAACACAAUUAAUAAGUAUUAUUUUGUUCAUUCUUAUGCUGCUAUUUUAAAUGAUGAACUUAUUGAAAAAUUAACUAAAAGUGGUUGGGAUUUUGCCAUUGCCAGAUAUGGAUCUGAAAAAUUUUUAGCUUCUAUUGCUAAAGGUAAUUUAUUUGCAACUCAAUUUCAUCCUGAAAAAUCGGGACUUGCAGGUUUGAAAAUUAUUAAAAAUUUCUUAAAUGGUGAAAAAUUACCAAAUGUUCAUUCUACUGAUAUUCAAACUCAAAAAUCUGAUGUUGAAACUACUUUAAGUGGAUUAACUCGUAGAAUUAUUGCAUGUUUAGAUGUUAGAACUAAUGAUGAUGGAGAUUUGGUUGUUACUAGA